AUGGCAAUGAGCUCAGCCUCCUCGUCGCCUGCCAACUCCCGACAUGGCUCCUCAUUGCACGCCGCCGGUCCAGACGACCAGCCUGACCAACACAACCAAGAUGCCGCCUCCUCCGCAUCUGUCCCCGUCGAGGUCCUCGUCGAGUACCUUCUCGCCGCCAAGCGCUCCCUCUCCUCAAUGACCCUCGUCCUGCACGCCAACGACCUGACCACCCACGCCCGCCAGCUGCACGAGGAGUCUGUCAUCCUCCGCGCCCAGACCGCCUUCCUCAACAAAGGCAUCACAGAGCAGAGGAGGCUACUCAAUAGGGUCCGGCGCAGCAUGAUAAGGACAUACGAUGCCGGCAAGAAGGACUUCAAGCACAUCAUCAAGACCCUCGACGUCGCAAACGGCAAGCUGGAGACCACCAUGGACAUGCUGAGGAAAACAACCGUCGAUCCAGUCUUCCGGCCCGAGGGCGAAGAGCCCAAGAACUUGUUGGACUUCGUCGACGAAAACCAGGUCCACGGCAUGCGCGAGGCUCUCAAGGCUAGCAUCGCCGAAUUGCAGGCCACGCAGACUUCCUUCGACGGCGACCUCUUCCGUUUCGACAAUGACCUCCGCGCCAUCGCCAAGAUCCUCAACUCGUCCGCCUCACCCACUUCGUCCAAGUCGCCUGCUGACUCGACCAGCCAACAUCCCCCAAUUCCUCCAAUAUUCGACCUCCUAGCCACCCUGACAGACCACUCCCACACGAUGGCCGAACACCUCUCCUCCCUCACACACCACUUCGACAUGUGCGUCACCGCAGUGCGCAUCACAGAAGGCGGCACCGCCCUCGCACGACGAAAGGCCGCCGAGGACAGUGGCGGUGCCGACGCGGUAUCAAUAUCAGGCGUCAUCGCCGAGCAGGAAUCAAACGUCACAGACCUCGACCCCGAGGAAAAGGCCGAAAUAGUGCAGGUGGUGAUGCAGGACGCCCCCGAGGUCGAUGAGGUCGUCGCCGACCUGAACGCAGAGAUGCAGCAGAUGGAUGUGGAAUUCGCCCAGCUUAAGGACCAGGCGGACCAGGUCAGGUCGGGUUAUGCGGCCGUCACGCAGGCCUUCCAGGUCCUGGAGGACAUCGGGUCACGGCUUACGGGCUACAUCGCGGCCGAGGCCGAGUUCGCGGAGCGGUGGGAGGCCGAGAAGCAGGGCAUCGCGGCGCGGCUGGGGGAGAUGGAGACGCUGCGGGACUUCUACGAGGGCUACGCCAGCGCGUACGACAGCCUGAUCCUCGAGGUGGAGCGGCGGCGCGCGGUCGAGGAGAAGAUCCGCGCCGUGUGGCGCAAGGCCAAGGAGCAGGUCGACAAGCUGGUCGAGUCGGACUGGCGCGACCGCGAGGCCUUCCGCUCAGAGGUCGGCGAGUACGUGCCCACCGACCUGUGGGUCGGCAUGAGCGGGCCGCUGCGGCGGUGGGAGGUCGUCCGGGCCGGGGAGCGGGAUGAGGGAGGCGGGGGAGAAAGAGACACGCCUGGCGGUGAUGAAGGCGCCGCCGCCGAGAGCAUGCCCAGGCAGGAGGACGGCAGUGCUGUGACGUUGAGCCGCGAGGUGGUCGAUGCUGCGAGGGAGAGGAUCAGAACUGGAAUGUCCGGGGGGCCAUGA